AUGUCAAGCGGAUUUGCAUAAAAAGCUGUUCUCCAAUAACUUAAUGAAAAAAUAAAAUAUCAAAUUAGAGAAAAGAAAAAAAAGGAGGAAGCUCUUAACUGGAAUAAUAUCGAGCCAAAAGAAUAAAUAUAGAUUCCUACAGAAUUAUUAGAAAAUUACUAAUAAACAAAUGUGAUUAACCUUACAAACUAAAAUUUGAAUGAGGAUUGCAAUUUUGGCUUUUAAAAAAUUAUUUAACUUGGCUUUAAAUAUCUGGAAAAUUUAUUAUCUAUGAAUGAAUUUACUCAACUUGAACCAUAAAUUACUAAUGUCGAUAGGCCAUUAAUUUGGGUAGAAAAAGGUUCGUUAGAAUAUCAACUUUUUUAAUAGAGACUGCUAGAUAAUCAGCUUGAGAGGUAAAACAAGAAGUUUGUUUGUGUUGCUUGCUGGGCAUUUAUCAACAUUAAUGAAAAAAAUUAGCACCUUGAGCAUAAGGAGUUGAUAUUCAACCCCUUCUCAAUCAGGGAUGAAUCUUCAUUCUUAUAAUUGGCUGCUGACUACGGGAAAAUUAAUGGAAGUAGAGUAGCCAUUCUCAACAAUAAAUGCAUAUUCGCCGAGGGUACAAUUGGAGUCGAUGAGGGAGCAUCGCAGUACUCAGUUAUUUGCACCGAUCAGUAAAAUCCUUAAAGAGAUAAUGAUAAUCAGCCUUUAUAAAUGAUUGAGCCAUACCCUUAGUAAUAAAUGGCAGCAUUUAGCUAUAAGCAAGCCUUAGCCUCUCCAAUGAAGAAUCCUCUAUUAGAAUUUGACAACGAUAUUUAUGAAGAUGCAGGCUCUGAUAUUGAGGAGACAUUGAGAAAAGCAAAAAGAUAGUAAAAUUUAGAAUUGAGACGCUCUUUUUUCAUGCCAGGCUAUGAAAAAGAGGAGUUUGGGGGACCAUUUGGAAUUCUGGGAAAAGAGGAUUAACUUAGUGUGAAGUUGGGUGACUCUGUUGCCUAGGAUAUUCUUUAUAUGGCUAAAAGAUCUAAAGCUUUGAGGAAAGAAGUACUUCAAAUGAAGGAAGUAAUAGAUGUGCUAUAUGAUCUACAGUAUAACAACUAAGAGCCCAAAAACAUAGUUAAGAGGAUAAAAGUUUAAUAAAAGCAACAAUAGGAAAGAUUCAAAAUAUAUCAGUAGAAGUAAUAAGAGGUGCAGGAUUUAAGAAAGAAAAUGAAAAGUUGA